GCUUGGCCGGCCACAUUUCGUUCACGCAGUUGAAGUGGCAAGCAGUAGGUUCCGUGCACUCCUCAUCCCGAAGUCUGCCAUGGCUCGGCUCUACCACCUCACCCUCCUCUCCGUCUUCUUCUUCCUGCUCCUCACCGGCCUCGUGGCUGCUGAUCUGUCCGGAGGGAAGAAGGUUGGGAAGAAGGUCGGGAAGAAGGUGACCAUGACCGUGCGGUACCCGGCUGAAGACUCGGGGGAGAAGAUCACGAUCUCGGCGCACCUCGUCGGCGAGGGCGGGGUCGGCGACAGCCACUUCCAUCUCGACAGCGACGACUACGAGCCCAUCGUUUUCGCAGUGAAAAACCUUGUCUCGGCUCUGGAGAAGGUAGGAGAUCCGCAGGCCUCUCUAUCCAAGAUGUAGCUUCACGGUGCUCAGUGCUGGUUGCAUGCCCAGUUAGUGGACAUUGGAAAUGGAGCUCCUCUUUACUUCCGUCUCCGCGAGAAUACAUUAGGCGUCUUUUACUAUUUUUUUUAACUUACUUUUACUAUUUUGUUGUAGUACCGUGCAGCGUGCUGGAGUCUGUCUUCAGCUAUCUCUGUGUGUAUCUUGGAUUCUGUAAUCUUCUGGGUUUGAGAAAUAAAAUAUCAUGUUGUUCUUCGAUUUA